CGAGCCGGAGCGGCAGCAGGAGUUGCUUUGUUUGUGCUGACUUGGGGACACGGGCAGCGUCGUGGCUGUGAGCAGCAAAAGCAGCAGAGAAUUCCACACACUUGAAAAAUCUGGCUCCUCUGACCCAAAAAACACCAUUCGCGGCACCCUGAGCCCAGCUGGCUGGGAGCAGUCCUGUUCUUCACCUGAGCACGUGCCCCGUCGGUCACCUCUCUCCUCCUCCUCCUCUUCCUCGCAGCGUUCCCUGCUUCCACUCUGGAGGAGAUGGGUCGCAAGGAAGAGGACGACAGCAGCUCCUGGAAGAAACAGACGAGCAACAUCCGAAAAACGUUCAUUUUCAUGGAGGCCCUGGGAUCAGGUGCCUUUUCAGAAGUUUUCCUGGUGAAGCAAAGAAGCACCGGGAAGCUCUUUGCUCUCAAGUGCAUCAAGAAGUCUCCUCUCACAAGGGAGAGCAGCUUGGAGAAUGAAAUAGCAGUGCUGAAAAAAAUAAAGCACGAAAACAUCGUGACUUUAGAAGACAUUUACGAGAGCACAACCCACUUCUACCUGGUGAUGCAGCUGGUCUCUGGGGGAGAGCUGUUUGACCGAAUUUUGGAACGAGGAGUUUACACGGAGAAAGAUGCGAGUGUGGUGAUCCACCAGGUCCUGACAGCAGUGAAAUAUCUCCACGAAAACGGGAUCGUUCACCGUGACCUGAAGCCUGAAAACCUUCUUUACCUUACUCCCGAAGAGAAUUCCAAAAUCAUGAUCACGGACUUUGGCUUGUCUAAAAUGGAACAGAACGGCAUCAUGUCCACGGCCUGCGGGACCCCGGGAUACGUCGCCCCCGAGGUCUUGGCCCAGAAGCCCUACAGCAAAGCCGUAGACUGCUGGUCCAUCGGAGUCAUCACCUACAUCCUGCUCUGUGGGUACCCCCCUUUCUAUGAAGAGACCGAAUCCAAGCUGUUUGAAAAGAUUAAGGAAGGCUACUAUGAGUUUGAGUCUCCGUUUUGGGAUGAUAUCUCUGAGUCAGCCAAGGACUUCAUCAGACACUUACUGGAGAAAAACCCGAGCACGAGGUUCACCUGUGAAGAAGCCCUGCGGCACCCGUGGAUUAAUGGCAAUACAGCCCUCCACCGUGACAUAUACCCAUCUGUCAGCGCCCAGAUUCAGAAGAACUUUGCAAAGAGCAAAUGGAGGCAAGCCUUCAACGCCGCCGUGGUGGUGCAUCACAUGAAGAAGCUCCACAUGAACGGUCACGCCACGGCUGACGGCACCCUCCCCGUUAUCCAAGUCUCGGAGGCCUCCAGGCCCAACACGCCGGCGGUGGCCAGCAGGCCAGCAACCCCACACGCAGACAAGGAGACCCCCCAACCCCUGGUCCCCACGCGGGGCUGCCCGGAUCCUCCCUCUCCACUGGAGGAAGACAUAGGAAUGAGAGAGGGAAAGCUCCAAAACCACCCCGAGAAGGCAGCGCUGCCAGCGGGGAGCAGCCUGGCCCUGCCGGAGAACCACAGCCCCCCCGGCAGAACCUCCUGUGGCUGCAGUCCCACCUGCGUGGGGCACGACAAAACAAAGACAUCCUUCUGCUCCGAGACGGUGCUGCUUAAAAAAUCUGCAAAGUCCCACCAUUUCAAAUCAGAAGUUCUUGUUCCAAUGAAAACCAGUAAACACUCUUCUCACUGUGGCACCGGGCAAACUGGAGUUUGUUUGAUCAUGUGAGGAGGGAGGAGGCAGCCACCGGGCUCCCCACAUUGCCAGCGAAACAGAAGGGCUGUUUUACUCUUUUCUGCACUUCAAAGCCAGAUCUGCAUCGACAGUGCAAGGGAGAAAGGAGGCUGUGUCCCACCAGGAGCAGGCGGGCAGCAGCGACCGGCCGGUGACAGCGGCACGUUAGUCCCAGGCAGCCAUCCAUGCAGUGACCUCGGGGUGUCUCUGGAUCGUUGAAGCUGGAAGAAGGCACUUUAGCAAGGGAAAAUCUGAGGCUACUGCUCACAUACUCAGUGUAUAUUAUCCAUACGACAUCGCUCAGUGCUAUAAGCUUUUGUUUUCUCUAUACUCUUUAGUUGUCCAAUGCAUAACGAGAGCAUUGCACAAGGUAAACCCUACAAACCAAAGCCAUGCGGAAUUUUACUCAGCAGCAGCUCAGCUAUUUUUACAACCUGCAUCCCAUCCAUUCCUUGGAUUUUGGUUAGUCCCAGGCUUCGGCACUCUGAAGUUCAGCAUCAAGCAGCUGCCCAGGCUGCUCAUUUCUCACUUUGGCUACGGAAGGAGAGACAACCUGCUAGCACCCUCUGUAUGUCUGAUAAUAACCACAGCGAGGUCUAAAUCCCCUGCUUUCAAGUCUGUAAUUGCACAAUAAAUACUUGCUUAAUAAAGCUGGGUUUUGUUUUGUAAA